UACGGGCCUUUUAUACGUUUAUGUCUUUAUGACGCACGUACGACAGCUGCGUUGUGCCGCCGAUGCCGUCGCCGCCAGCGACGAACGAAUAGCACCUGCGUUCUUUUAGGCGCCUAGCUCUUUUUUUCCCUACCAAUCUGUAGCCGCGCACAGCGAGCAGCAAGAGACGAAGGCGCCGACGGAGGAUCAACUUUCGGCGGGGAAUUUCACCCGCUCCGCGUCCAGCUCGACCAAUCAAACUGCCUCGAUGCUCCAUUCGAACCUCGCAUUACAGUAGAGUGCACUGGAAACGUACCCUCGCCCGUGAUCGCUGGCUGACUGGAACUACAGACCGGCCGCAGCGCCCGGAGUGAAACACCCACCGCUGCAUUGCUGUUGCCAGCCGCGACACCGUCAACGACGUAGCAGCCCCGCAGGAGUGACCAGCGGCCAUGACUAUCGCCGACAAGGAGCAGCUCCUGAGGGCUCGGGUUCGCUACCCGUCCUACCUGAAUGUGCUGCUCUUCGCCGGCACCAUGGCUGCCUGCCUGGGCGUGGUCCUCUGUUCCUACCACCUGGUGUACGCCGCCGACCCCGUGGUCUGGAUCAGCGGUCUCGCGUCGUUCGGCGUCGGCGUCGCCCUGGCGCUGCUGGCGCUGGGGCUGCUGGCCGCGUCGCUGUUCCUGCGGCGCCAGACGCUCGAGGCGUCCUGGGUGCCGCACAGCGUCUCGCCCUACGAAGAAGACUUCGGCACCGACUACUACUUCGGCGACGCCGACGACGCGGCGCGCGUCUACAGACCCACGACGUACGCCGCGCCCAAGUUGCUCGUCUCCAACCCGCUGGCCGCGCCGGUGGCAGCGAGCGUGUAUCGGCUCGUGUACGGAGGGGAGCCCAAGUGAAAAAGGAUUGAAGGAGAACUUCGCUAUGGCGAGAAAUUCGCUCUAGUUGGUUAUCCGGUAACAAGGGUGGCCGAUGGUAGCUUUUCUGCGCCAUGUAGACGAUGUUACGAUGUCGUUUUGGCGACGAAAGAUUUGUGUGGGUGCCAUGGGUGCUCUUCGGCUACAUUGAACUUCUACUUUGGCACAUUUAGUGGUCAUUUUUGUUGUUGUUGUUGUUUUUCGUGACUGAAAUAGAUUGUCUCCGGAGCCUCUCUGUUGCGUCAGCCGAUGCGCUUAUACGUUCCCCCUCCAGCAGUAUUGUAUGACCCAGGCACCCCAAGACAGCGUGAACCGCGCAUGGAAAGACGGAGAGACAAAGCUGCAAGCGUUUUUUUUUUUUUUUGUAAACGUGUGGCUCACCAUAUAUGGUGACACUGCGAUCCGUUUUUUUUUUUAAUGCAGACCGUUCGUUCUCGUGUAAACCUGACAAAACCAGAUAUGCGUAAAAAAAAAGCCCGACUUGGUCAUCCUCACUAGGCUUCACCAUUUGAAUUCGGGCUGGUGUCGUGGAAACUCUACCGAUUAUUUUGGCUUGAAACUCUAAAUACAAGCUACUUCAUUGUUUAAAGUUCCUACCGACUUGUUACCUUUACAUCCCCAUAAUUGACCUGUCUUUUAGAGGGAACUCUUAUCUAGACUUCGUGAACUAUGUGCAGCUGCACGGAACUCACAAUACCUUUUUCACUUAUUUCUUGCUUGCCCGUGACAUCCAGACAAAGUGAGAAGCAAAAAAAAA